AUGAUCGAAUUAUCUACUCGGACCAAAGCUUCAUAUACGUACGUUAAGGAUUGGAUGAUGCUUCGAGAGUGCGUCGCGGGAUGUCUGGGAUCGCUUCAGACCACCUCUCACCAAAACGCUAAGCUCAAGCUGCGGCUGCCCGAGGGUUCUCCAGCGAAAUUUGUAAAAAUUAGCGGCGCUCUGCAAACUACCAAACGAGCAGCGGGCCGGGAUGCAGAGGCGGCACUUGGCGAUUUAAGGUUUGGUGACAAACGGGAUAUCCUCGUCCAACUUGUCAUUAUCCCUGACAACACGACGCAAGAACAUGUACCUCAGGACGCUUGGGAGAGCAUUGUUUCCGGGCUAGAAGCCCUUGGUGGACCACUCGACGGCGAUGAGCAGCGCAUCGUUAGCGUAGAAGAGGUUCCUCUGAUCCAGGCUGAUCUCACGUAUGGAGACAUUCUUCGCGAAGGCCACUUGGCGCAUUGCCCAAGACCAUCUCUCCUCGCGAUUACCAUGCUCCCAGCCUCCCAGCGCCCCAAGUCCGGAAGACCCUCUACGCCACCCAUCCCACCGCACCCCUCCAUCGUGCAACGCCGCAUGGAGCUCCUCACCUCAGACAUGCUCACACGAGCCCUAACCCUCGUCUCGCGCUCCCAACAAGACCGUGCCCACCACCUCCUCACAGAAACCCGCAGCAUCCUCAAGGGCCUGGGAAAGGGCGGCCUCCCCCCCCUCCCCCCCUUCGCCCAAAAACCCACCCAAGACGCCGCCAGCGCUCUCAGCUCCCCCAACUCCUCCUCCCCGGAGAUCCCCGAAACCACCAACACCACGCACGCCUCCACACCCCCAGCAAUCCCCCACUCACCGCACCCCCCUUCCAACCCACCCUCCGAAACCGCCACUAUAACCCCACCCGUCAACGCCGUCGACAGCUCCAUAAUCGCCGCCCUGGACGCCGACAUAGAAGCUGCGCUUGAGUGGAUAAACCACCCGGCCGUCUUCGGGCGCGAUUCGCGCAAAGCGGUGCUGCAGGCCAUCGGCAUCAUUUCGUCGCAGAGGGCGUAUACGUUCCGCACGCUGUCGGAGGCGCAUUGGGCGGAACGUGUUGCGGGGAUUAAACGGUUGACGGAGCGAUCGAGGGAGUGGAGGGAAAUCGGGGAUGAUUCGUUGGCGGAGGAGUAG